GGUAACGCCCCGGAAGCGCCUCACAUAAACCCUGCACCUUGUCAACGGAAUUCAUAUGAGAGAUGCGCAUGAACGCAGGUGAAUGAAGUGCUCUCAGUCCAGGUCAGACGCAGAGGGAGUCCACGCGGGUUCCUCCUGCAACGCAGCCGGGGUCCAGGGUGGCAACAACUACUCGUCCCGUUGAUGGGAGGAGUGAGAACCGGACACCGAGCAGGAAAAACCCGCUCCGCCGGCCCUCCGACCCAGUUGGCCUUCCGCCGCCCGCCUGCAACCCGGAGCCAGGGACACAUUCCGGGGAGCGAUCCACAACCCUUGUAGCCGUCGAGGGGGGGGGGGGGGAAGAUGGAUGCUGCGGGGGGAACCGGCCCGGUGCGCCGGCUGGAGAGGAGCAGCCACACGGCGUUCCUGCGGGAGCGCACGCUGUACGUGUGGGGAGGCAACCAGGUAGUGGGUGGAGAGGACGUCAUGGUGCCCUCUGAUGAAAUCUGGCUCUGUGAUUUAGACAGCGGGACCUGGGAGUGGAAGAUCAUCACCGGGGAGCCCCCUCCGGUGGGCUUUUGCGGCUCUCCCGUUAAGGGAAAGCUCUACGUGUUUGCAGGAAGUGACCCAGUGGGAUACACCAACGAGAUGUUCAGCGUUGACGUCACCGAGCAGAGCUACUCGUGGAGGAAAGUGAUCGACACCAAGGGAGCGACGCCGUCGCCGCGCAACAAGCACUCCUGCUGGGUCCACCGAGACCGAUUAAUCUUCUUCGGGGGCUACGGCUGUAAGACCGCAGGGGAGGUACGGAACACGUCGUCGUCAAACUUCGUGGUGGAGGACAUGUCCUGGACCACAAUUGGAAACGCGUUAUUUCGCUGCUGGGGCUGGAACAACGAAGUGAGUGUUUUCGACACUGCCACGGCGACGUGGAGCACGCCACAGACUCGGGGCCCCGCGCCGGCCCCCAGAGGCUGCCAUGCCAGCGCCCUGCUGGGGAACAAGGGUUACAUCUCCGGCGGCGUGGAGGAGUCCGAGCUGGACAUGUUCUGCUUGGACCUGGAGACGUGGACCUGGACUCGAUUUGACCUCCCCCAGUCCCGCGCCCCUCUGGGACGCUCCAUGUUCACCAUGACGCCCACGUCGGGUCACGCGCUCUUCGUGUACGGUGGCCUCGGCACGGACGGAAACACGCUCAAUGAUGCCUGGCAGUUUAACACGGAGAAGAGAGAGUGGAACAAGAUGGUGCACCCUCACGAAGACAAGCCCAGAGUUUGUCACACGGCGUGCCUGGGAAGUGACGACGACGUCGUUGUGUUCGGGGGAAUCAGCAACCUGUGCUUCCUCAUGGACUCGGUGUUCAUUCUGAGGGCUCCAUCGCAAAACCACUGCGGAGACGUGUUCGUGUUUCAGACCCAGCCGUACUCCCUCUUCAGACUUUGUGAAGACCUGAUAGGAAGGAACCCGGAGCGCUUCGGGAAGCGUCUGAACUGGCUCCCAUCAAAGGUACGCGAGAGAAUCAACAAGAGAGUCGCCUUUUUCUCUGAGCCGAAGGCCGUUCUCACAGCGUGACGAGUCUGAGCCAGUCGACUACGACGGGGAUUCGUCUUUAGUUUUUGUCAAAUGAUUAAUUGUUUUAACCUGAGAUUUAUUUGUAAAUAAGAGUUUUUGACUUAUUUUAAAAACUGUUUAGAUUUGGUAACCUUUUACUCUGAUUUAAUGAUGUGGAAUCUGAUUUUGAAUAAAGGUGUUGUAUAUUAUUGUUUUUUCUUUCUUUUUCCCACUCAAUAUAUUAAACCUUGGCAUUUCUAUUAAUCUAUUUUUGUAGAUUAAUCUACAAGUAUUUGUAAC